AUGGAUGAACAAGAUAUCCGAACUUGCUGCCUCCAUUUCUUGAUGUCAUUCUUGAUGACAGGUAGUGACACAAUUAUCCAUGAUUUUUUUUGUAAACAUAAUCUGAUGGCCAAGAUAUUUGCUGGUUUGCGUGUUGAUAAGUUUUCAGUCAUUGAAUUAGUUGUGCCACUCCUUCUAGACAAGGUUGUAAAGAACGAACACAUAACAAAAAGUGAGAAAGUGAAAGUCUUUUCAUCUGAAGUUUUGUCUCAUCUGGCCAGAGUUUACAACUGGCUUGGGCCAAAAGAUUGGAAGAAAUUUCAUAAGAAAAUUGUUGAGUUCCAAGAGAUUGAACAAACACCUGCUCUUGAGAUGGUGCGAAAAACUGUGCACCAGCUGCUUUUGGAACUCUGCACAUCACCUAAAAAUGGAAUCAUCUUUUUUGAUAAGACAUUUGGCACUUCUGGACGUGACCAAAAUCGUAUUAUUCGUCUGUUCCUCCAAGACAUUCAUGUUAUGCCAUUCUUUGAAGACUCCUAUUUGAAGGAUCUGAUUGUGAAGAUUUUCCAGGCAUGUCCAGAACAAAUGCAGCCAUUUCUGAUGCAGGUGCAGAAAUCCACAACACCCCGAGCUUCUUUGAAAUGGCUUCAUUGCAUGGAUUUCUUGGAAAAAAUUUUGGAAAUUGUUCCUGAUAUUCCGCCUCCUCUGAAGACCUCCAAGAAGAUCCCGGUUGAAAAGCUGCUGGAAUUGGUCCAAAGUGUGGUCUUUCCACCUCAAGAUAUUCUGCAGUCUAUAAUCGUAUCUGUCAGUCAUAAAGAACUGUGCAUAAGGCAUCGAUGUCUCCAGUAUGUUCUGAGAAUGAUGAAGAAAUUGGGAGCAAUCAUCCAAUAUUGCACGGAUGGAACCUUCUUGUCUGACAGCAAGAUCUUCACAAAGGCUGACGUGGAAAAUUUUAGUGGCUUGUUUAAGGAUCAUAUGACAAGAGUACUGCCACCAGUGAAAACUAUUUUUGACAGUUGGCAGGAAAUGAACAAAGGAUUGUCUCAGAAACAUGCCCUGGAUUCUGAAAAAUUAGGAGAUAUGCCAGAAGUUAAUUCACUUGAGCAUGUAAUUCUGAUUGAACAUAUACUGUGCCUGUACCAAACAUUUUGGCCAGAGGCCUUUUCUGACUUUCCAUUUACUGGUGAAGUUUUUGAUCAAGUGCAAAAACUCUGCAAGACUUGGAAACAAUGUCAGACUAGUGAUGAGCUGGUGUCAAAGAAAAUGAAUGAGGAAUCCUAUCAACAAACAAGAGUCAGACUUUAUCUGUUGAAGCUCUUUGCAGACACCGAUGCUCGGAAAAUUCCUUGGAAUAAGAAGAAUGAAGAUGGCCAACCAUUACUUUAUUUUCUGUUGGACAUGUUACUUACCAUUACCAAUGAUCAUCAACUGCUGUCUGUUAUUAAACAACUUAUCUGCCAGCUUCUAUACCACUCUGGUUUGUUCCACCAACUGGAAAUGGAGCUUCAUUUAUGGAUGGACUGGUUGAUUAAAUGUGGUUGGGAUGAAAGCCUGGGACGAAAUGAAGAGCUGCUCCAGUUUGUAGCCACUGUUUUCACAAACUACAUCUGUAAUCCUCAUCCAUACAUUGAGAAAAUAUUUGAGGUUUCUUCAGAGGCCUCUGUUAUUGAAAUGGGGUCAGAUAAUAAUGUCGACUUGGUGAGCACGACGACCAUUGAUGAUUUUAUUGAGAGAAUAAAUGAAUUUGAUGAUCAAGAACUUGGAUUAAAUGAACAUCCCAUUGAAGAGAAUGAGGACAGUAGUCUCAUAAAGUUACCUUUCAGUCCUUUAAUAAUUGUUGCUAUAAAGGAAACUGCACAGAAAUCACAUUCAGAAUUGAAACCUUUAAAGAAUUAUCUUCGAUCUGUGUUGAUUGACUUGUUCCAUAGCCAGACCAAUCCCAUUCCACUGUGCAUUUUGGUGACAGAAGAAAGGAAAUCGGCAGAAGAGCACAGCUGGAUAUCAAAGAGAAUUGUGUCGUACAUUAAAUCCUGGCUUCCAGACAGUAAAGUAUCCCAAAAAGAAAAGACAAUUGAUGUUGAAAAAUAUAAAGAUGAACGCUCGUCGGUCUUACUGCAAACAUUUCACCGGAAUGGGAAGAAUCUCAUCAAUAAUAGUGAAUUUGUCACUCUGCUGUUUGAAUCUGUUAAUCAACUGAAUAUGUCAGAGACACUGAGAGCAUCCCAGCAAUGUCUGUGCUACAUCCAGACACAACUGUCGCAGGUGGAUGUUUCGAAGAACCAAGAUUUAUCUACUCUUCAACUUACUUUCAAAUACUUGAAGAAAACCGUAAAACAUCUUUUCCGAAAGUGCCAACCGACGACAGAGUCAAAUGUUCCACUUGACCAAGUUUCUGAAGACUUCCAAAUCUUGCAAACUGAAACCUUUGCCAAUGACAGAAUGCUAUCAGAAUUUCUUAAGUUCCUCUCUCAGCAGAGUGCAAUUCAGCAUUGGUUCCUGGCAGUCGAGUCUGGACUUGCUAAAAAGUCUACGCCUGGUCAAGAUGAGACGUUCAGGCUUUUGCGGAAUCUGGUCACCAAAGAAUUAACAUCUUGUUUUUCUGAGUUUCCCAGAACUAGUGGAAAAGGCCAUCUUGGCAGUUACUGUACCAAAAUCAAAGUUUAUUUAGAAGAGUGUUCGUUGUUGGCAUCUAAGGGUCAUUCCGCAGAUAUGUCUUUGGCUCUUAUGGUCUUAAAACAGCUCCUCCCAUACAUAGAUUUUGCUACCAUCCAGAAAUCUAUUGAACUUCUCCUUCAAUUACCCCCAGAAGUGCUGCUUUCCGAAAUGAAAACUUCCAAUGCUGGCCAUAUGUUGGUCAAUUUUCUGAGUUACAUGAUUCGGAAUUGUAAAACUUUCCUGCUCGAAGCAGAUAGUCUAAAUAGCAUCUAUUCUCUCCUUUUACACUCAGAAUCUUCUAGCAAAUUGCUGACAGUCACCAAAUCUUUGUUUGAGACUAAGCCUUACUACUGUCUUUCCUGUCCGUCUAACGUCUUUGUUCAUCUGUUGACCUCUGCCUCCUCUGAACACCUGACCCUUGCCAGAAUUCUGAUGGAGAACAGUGUUGCGCUUGACCAGGUCUUUGUCCAUUGGAUACUUGACAGAGAGGACUUAAAGCAAAACAUGGAGAACUUUCUGAAUAUUUGUAUUACUUGGUGUAAAUGCCAAAGAACACUGCCGACAAAUAAAAGUAAAAAGUGUCUUUCCAAGAUCAGCAAAGCUGCUCGCAAAUACCUUUGUGCUUACAUAUCAGAAAGUGACAUUAGAUCUGACAAUUCUCCAAGCCUUCAGGAAGACUAUCUUCAGCUUUUACACCAGUUUGCCCGAUUACAUGCACCAGGAUACAAACAUAUGCCUUCCUUAUCAUCUUUCAAAGAACUUGUUGACUCGGACCAAACAAUAUCGCUUAAAAAAUUGCAAAUCUUUUUGGCUCUCACCCAGUGGGCAGAAAGUGUAAAGGACCAAUCUGUGGACGCAGCCCUUUGCCGGAUUGAUGUCUGUAUGAAAAGCUUCCUCAACAGUGUCCAGGCACGAGUGGGUGCACCUGAGGACAAGGAACUUGAAUUGCAGCUUCUCACCUACCUGGAGCAAUACCUCAUUGAUAUGCCUCCUGAAUACAAUGAUUUGCUUCUCUCAAGCUGGACAUCUUUUAUAAGAAGUGCUCUGAGGCUUUAUUUUUCUGACAGUCGAGUGUUGCGUUUGGUCAGCCAUCUGAUUCCCAGAAUCUACACAGAAUCAAAUAGUGAAACAAUUUCUCCAAGCCUCAAGGAUCUACAUGAAAUGUUGAUCUCACAUUCUGGUUUUCUGCCUGUUAUUAUGGGAUCGGAAUCAGCAGAAUCUAAAGAACUGCUUGUGGAUAUUUUGCUAAUGGUGAUUGAACGUCAACCUGAAUGCUGUGCUGAGGGUCACCUCUAUGUACUUAUGGGUGUUUAUGGAGCCUCUUUAUCCACGUGUGAUCAAAAACUAUUGAAGAUGAUUUACCUUUAUGAGAAAAAUGGAAUUAACCUCACGAAACUUAGGCCUUAUCUAUGGGGAGUGAAAGUCAUAGAAAUGUACGAGCUGAGUAAGCAGGAAACAUCACUCAACAGAUUACCAUCUACAGACAGAAUCUUUGAAAUUAUCGACACUGACAAAAUGAUGAAAUCAAUUCUGCAUUUUCCAGUCAAAAGAAAGUUAACACCAUUGGAAGUUGCACCUGCUGAACAAUGGAAGUCUCUGGAAUCCUGCUAUGAUCCGUGUUUUCUUCUACCUCUUCUUGCUCAUUUGUUAGCGCCUUAUAACAAUAUAAGAACAUUGAAUUUUAUGAUGAAAAAUUGUUUGGGAUAUAGCUUUGUGGCUCUCAGUAGUCAUGACAGCAAUAUGCGGGCUGCUGGCUAUCACAUCCUCAUUCAACUUGAAGAGCAGUUGAAAUUGUCCAGUUUUCAUCGCAAGGACCAGUAUCUCUAUCUAUUGCAUUUCCUGCGGAACAGCAUCACUGAUGAGAACACUAAGCUGCCAUUUGUCAUUGCCAUAUACAUGAUGAAAGUUAGCCAGAUUCUCCUCAAUGAAGGAAACCAAUUGUAUGCAUCAAUUACUGCACCACUUAUGGUGAAACCAUGCUUAGAACUAAAUUUGAUUCCAGAAUUCUUCCGGAUGUUCAACAGCUCAAAUCUUCAUCAUUACCAUGAACGAAUGUGGAUGCUUUACCUGUUAUAUGAUGGCCUUAGAGAAUCUCAUGACUAUCGUAUCUACAAGAAGUAUUAUAUUUUCAAGAUCAUCAUGUCAUUUGCCAACUCUGUUUUGUGUAACUAUACAUCACAGUUUCAGAUUCUGCGUAUUUUAAAACGAGCCUGCCAACAAAAAACUGGAGCAUAUGAUCUAGCACGGCAUUGUGGGGUUGUUUCCUGGAUCAACAACUUUAUUUCUCAUGUAGAUCCACAUUCUGAAGCCAUUGUCCUCCUUACAGAAAUUGUUCACACUCUUUGGUUCAGUCUCCUCAAGAAAAAUGUAGCAGAAGAGGAUCUGGUUACCAAUAAUUCUUUUGAGCUACCUUUGCCAUUUGUCCAAGAAAUGCAGGUGGUCCUCUUAAAUUUGUUGCAAAGUUACAGGGAAGGAACUUCUUAUGCUGCUAUGAAAUUUUUUCUUCCUCUAUUUGCCUCUGUCCUACUAUUGAAAAAACGGGCAUCACUAAAAGAGAAAACCUCAGGCAAACUGAAAUGUGAAGAGGGAGUAAAAGACAACCCCUCUGAAAUAACAGAUGAGAGUGUCAUAAAAGCAGAAUCAGACCCUCCCAUAAUGAGCAACAUAAAAAUGGAACUGACUCCGAGAGAUGUGCUGCUUGUACUUUACCAAAGCCGAUUACAUUCCUCAAAUGUACACACUGGUGAGAGAUCCCUGAAUCUACUGAAACGUUGGGGCUAUGCUUGUAAUCAUCUGACGGAAGUUUCUCAUUCUUUACAAAAACAAACUGCAGACAAGUCAGACUCCAAUGAGAAUGUUCAAAGUGCGUUUCCUGACCUCUGUCAGGAAGAAGAGACAUGCUCAAAAAAUGAACAGAAGAAACUACAGCAAGCUCUGAUUGAUAUUUGUCUUUCUUGGAUACCAUCUAGCACAUUUCUAAAAGAAAAUGAUUCUUGUUUUGAUGAAACUUUAGAAUUGGUCAUGACUUGUCUGUGUGAAGAAGCUUCUAAUACUAUUUCUCUGUCUUCUAUCUUAGACAUUCUUCAUUGGAUUCAAACUCAGCUCAACCAUUGGAACACUGCUAUUGCAGCGAUAACUCAGAACACAAGUCAGGAUAACCAACCAGUAUUAUUUAUGCGGCUUCUCUCGCUCUAUGCCAGACUUAUCAACCAGUCUUACACAGAACAGAAUGCCAGUGACAUUGGCACCAGUUGUUCUGCAGACCAACCUCUUGUUGAUGCUUUGCAUGUGCUUAGCAACAUCUGCAGAAUGCUUUCUGAAAAUUAUAGUUCUUUUAAAGGUUCCUGCACAUCCAAACCAAAUACUUCUCAUAUUUUGCAGCCUUUUAUAAAAGAAAUUGCAGAAUUUCAAGCAUGA